AGUUCUCAAUGAACCAGGGGCGGACUGACCAUUUGGAAAUUCGGGCACCACCCGAGGGCCCGGGGUCAGUAGGGGGCCCCAUGGGAUGCCCCUGGUACCUUUUUCAUAGGCUUUUUUGAGUUUGGGCAAGGACACAGGGGCCCCAUGAUCCCCUAUUGCCCUGGGGCCCCAUGAGUUGUCAGUCCGCCCCUGCAAUGAACUACCACAGGGCUGUUGAGCCUUGUGGUAGUUCAUUGUCUCUUCCUCAGCAAGCCAUAGACCACUAUUAUACAUUAUUUGUUGCUGCAGAGGUGCAAUGG